UUGUUGAGUGGGGUGAGAUCAAAAAACAAAACAAUCAAAAAUUUAAUAAUCGGUUUUGUGAUUUAUUUAAAUCAAAACAAAGUUUAUAUUAAAAAAAUGAACGUCGAAAAAGACGCAGAAAUAAGAUGCGAUUCUUUUUUUAAACAUCCUAAGCUAUUGGAGCUUAAACUUUUGGGAAUAAAUUCAAAAGUGGCUGAAGAUGCUCUAUAUGUAUACUUACAACUCAUUGAAGUUCAAAAUUGGUUUGAUGUAGAGAUGUUACCUAUCAUAGAACAAGAUAUUGUUUUUUUAAGGGGAAAGAAGAACUAUAACGCUUCUGUAAUUGAUUAUGUGUUACCUUGGUCAUCUAAUUCUCAAAUUAAAUUAACAAGUUUACAUAAUUUGAUUGAUCUUGCAGUUGCCCAUGGAUGUUGCUGUAAAAGAUUGUUGGUAGCUUUUUUUGAUAGUGGUUCAACAAUAGUAUACUACUAUAUAUCAAAUGGUUUAGCAUUACCACGGAAACCAUCUUCAAAAGAAAUUAUAAAACAACAAAUGGUGCCAGAGUGGCAUGAGCACCAACAGAAAUGGAAAAAUGUUACAAAGAAAAAAAUCUAAAUUUUCAUAAAUAAUGGAAUACAGUACAGCAAAGCUUGUUCAAAAGAUUGGCGAAGAAGAGAUUAAUGAGGGAGAUUUUCUACUUUCACAAUGUCAGCAUUUAAUUGCUGAUGACGACACAAUAUAUGUCUCAACAGUGAUUAACCGAAAUAUACGGGCUAUUGAUGCCAAGAGUGGUCAAUUCAAACGUGAUAUAGGAGAAAUUGGAUUUUCUGAUGAAAGUAUUAACAUGGCUGCAGGAAUGGCAUUUUUUGGUGAUAAUUUGAUUAUGGUUGCGGAUCUUAAUGGAAAUAAAGUUCAGUAUCAUAAUAAAAUUACUGGGGACUAUGUGAAAAAGUUUGAUGCUGAUUUUUAUUUUCCAGCAUGUGUUUCUGUUUCUAAAAGCAAUAAUGUAUACAUUGGUGAAGUAGGAGAUGAGAAUAAAAAAAUUCGCUGUUUUAAUACAGAAUUGGUUGAAGUCUGUUCAGCUGCAGUAGCAGGUGAUAGAUCUCUUACUGGAAUUAAUUACCUUGUCCACGACAAUGUUAAUAAUAGAGUUAUUGCAUCUGAUUCAGAUGAUGGCUUUGUUCACGUUUUUUCUUCUAAUCUGGAACACAUAUUUAGUAUUAGUGAAGAUGACAGUGAUUCCGGACAGUUGAAUAAUCCAAGCGGUGUUGCGGUGGAUAAGGAUGGCAAUAUUUUAAUUUGUGAUUUGGGUAAUAAUGCAGUUAAAGUAUUUGAUAAGAAUGGUAAAUUUUUGUCCGAACUUGGUGGAAGCAGUUUUUUAAAUCCCUAUGAUGUGUUUUUUAGUGUUAAUGGUAGUGUGCUUGUUUUAGAUGGAGAUGGUAUUAGUGGUUGGAGUAGAAUCCAAGUUUUUAAAGUAUAAACUCUAGUUUUUAUUUGCUUUGUUUACACGCAAGUCCGCAUGUCAUACUUAAAAUAACACUAUACUCAAACUUUUGUUAGUUGUUAAAACAAGUGUUAGUCUAUACAAAAAAAAAUUAGAAAUCAGCAUUUGAUACAAAUCCAGCGAUUUACAGUUUAAACAUAUAUGAUAUGCAAUUGUGUUUUUUUUUUUAACUUUUUGUGAAAAUACCUCCUUUUCAAAAAUUUGAAACUAAACUUCUUAUUUUUUUGAUGAUUUCCUUUAAAUAAAGUAAUAUUUAUGUU